UAAUUCUGCCUCAGUCUGCAAUCUCUUCUGACCCCACCAAACACUCAGGAAGAAAAUGGCCACAACUGGAGUCCUGGUGUUAAGAUUUUUCUUCAUGGCUGUCCUGAUGAGCUCCCAGGAGUCAUGGGCGAUCAAAGAGGAACACACCAUCAUCCAGGCGGAGUUCUUUCUUUCCCCAGACCAAUAUGGAGAGUUUAUGUUUGACUUUGACGGUGACGAGAUUUUCCAUGUAGACAUUGGAAAGUCGGAGACCAUCUGGAGACUUGAAGAAUUUGGAAAGUUUGCCAGCUUUGAGGCUCAGGGUGCAUUGGCUAAUAUAGCUGUGGACAAAGCUAACCUGGAGAUCAUGAUAAAGCGUUCCAACAACACUCCAGAUGCCAAUGUGGCCCCAGAGGUGACUGUACUCUCCAGAAGCCCGGUGAACCUGGGAGAGCCCAACAUCCUCAUCUGUUUCAUUGACAAGUUCUCCCCUCCUGUGGUCAAUGUCACCUGGCUCAAGAAUGGGCAGCCUGUCACCAAAGGCGUGUCAGAGACGGUGUUUCUCCCGAGGGACGAUCACCUCUUCCGCAAAUUCCACUAUCUGACCUUCCUGCCCUCCACAGAUGAUUACUAUGACUGUGAGGUGGAUCACUGGGGUUUGGAGGAGCCUCUGCGGAAGCACUGGGAGUUUGAAGAGAAAACCCUCCUCCCAGAAACUAAAGAGAAUGUUGUGUGUGCUCUCGGGUUGAUUGUGGGUCUGGUAGGCAUCGUUGUCGGGAUUAUCCUCAUCAUCAAGGGUAUUCAAAAACGCAAUGCUGCAGAACGCCGCCAAGGAGCCCUGUGAGAUACCUGGAGGUGCGUCAGAUGUGCUCAGGGACUGACAGGUGAUGCCUUCAGUUGAACCUCACUUGGUGAAGAAACUUGCUGUGACAGCAUCUGAGGCUACCCCUCAGCAGAGAAUGCAUCUUCUGCAAUUUCCAGCCUUAAGCCUCAAGAAUGGCUUCAGGUUCUCUGGUCUAACGUCUGGCUGGAUUCUCCAUCUCCUUCCUGUGUGUAUAUUCUAUCUUCCAUCAUUUAUAGUAAUUCCUCAGUGACAAAUAUCACAGAGUUCUUCCUCUGCUGUGGAACUUUCUGAGAAUGGAGAUAUCUUCUGUUCAGUUAUGGCUUGACAUGUCUCCAAACUGUGUUCCUUUUUGUUUCUACAUAUAGUAAAUUCCUUUAGUUGUGAA